AUGGUCUCUCCUAUAAAAUGUGUUAAUAUUAGAGUACAUAAAGGAGCAAUUAAGACCUCGAUAGCAUUAUUUGUUGGAUUUGUUUUUGGUAUCUUUAUAGGAUUAUCAUUUCCAGCACUACCUUUAACAAAGAUGAAUCUCCCAUCAAACCUUGUUCCAUCCAUUGAUCACAAAAUUCCUAGCAUAUAUUCACGGCAUCUUAAAAGUGAUAGACACAUGUCUAAAGAGUUUCGCAAACUCAAUGAGAAUAGAAAGAUUUGGAUACCUACAAAUCCUCGAGGAGCUGAAAGGUUACCCUCUAGAAUUAUCGAAUCUCAAUCAGAUUUCUAUCUUCGUCGGUUAUGGGGUCUACCAUAUCAUGACCUAAGCAUGAAACCAAAGUAUCUUGUAACUUUUACAGUUGGUUAUGACCAGAGACACAACAUUGACAAAUCAAUAAAAAAGUUCUCUGAAAACUUCACUAUUGUGUUAUUCCACUAUGAUGAUCGUAUUAGUGAGUGGAAUCAGUUUGAGUGGUCAAAGAGAGCAAUUCAUAUCAGUGCUAGCAAGCAAACUAAAUGGUGGUAUGCUAAACGGUUUCUACAUCCUGACAUUGUGGCCUCCUAUGAUUACAUCUUUAUUUGGGACGAGGAUCUAGGGUUGAAGCACUUUGAUGCAGAGGAGUACUUAAAAAUAGUAAAGAAAUAUGGUUUGGAGAUCUCACAACCUGGUGUAGACCAAAGUAGUAGUUAUACAUGGGAAAUGACAAGAAGAAGGGAUGGUGUUGAAGUUCAUAAAGAAGCUGAGGAGAAAGAUGGUUGGUGUUCUAAUCCACCUGUGCCACCUUGUGCUGCAUUUGUUGAGAUCAUGGCUCCUGUAUUUUCUAGAGAUGCAUGGCGUUGUGUAUGGCAUAUGAUACAGAAUGACCUAGUUCAUGGAUGGGGUCUUGAUUUUGCUCUCAGAAAAUGUGUGGAGUCUGCUCAUGAAAAAAUAGGAGUUGUUGAUGCUCAAUGGAUUAUCCACAAAAGUAUUCCUUCACUUAAUAACCAAGGGCAAGCAGAGAGUGGAAGAGAACCUUGGGAAGGGGUGAGAGAAAGAUGUCAUGAAGAAUGGGAAAUGUUCAAAAGUCGUAUGACUUAUGCUGAAAAGAAACUGAAAUUUGAUAUUUAG